AUGUCUCAACUUUACUAUCAACAAUUAUGGAAUAAAACUCAAGUGAUUGUACAUAAAAAUUUAGAAUUUGAAGAUAGCAUAAGAAAAAAACAACCCAUAUUUGAUGUGAAUCUUAUAAAAUGGUUGAUUGGUCAUUUGUAUAUAAAUUACGUGAGAAUUGUUAAUUCUUUGGAUAAAUGUUACGAUCAAAUGUUUCAUCCUCAGAAAAGAGAAGUCAUCGGAAGGCUGCUGGACAUGGCUUUGGGUCGUCUUUUGGAAUUGAAAGAGGAUUUGGUACGAAUCGAACUCGAUAAUUAUUAUUUUUUCGAUAAUAUUCUCAUCGAACUUAAAUUAACUCAUCAAGAUUUGGAAAUUCACGUUCCGCGAUAUUUUUGGAGAGAUAAAGAAAAAGAAAAAAUACACAGGAAGUAUUUGAUAAAUAAAGUUUUUAAAGAAGCGGAAAGAGAAAAAUUUCGACGGGACUAUUUGAAAAAUAUACCAGAGGACGCGCAGGAAAAAGCGUGGGAAAAGUAUUUGAUGAAAGAAGAACAAGAGAGAAUGGAAAAAGAAAAAAUUGACGAACAGCAUAGGAAAAUUCUCGGUACGACAGCAAAGAAAGUAUCAUCUUUAGAACAACUCGUGAGUGAUAUCCAGGCGUCAAAAGAAGAAGAUAACGAUGAUGAUAAUGUUGUGAGUACAAUAUUAUUAGUUCAAAAACGUGAAAAAGCUAAACACGGGAAAAUUUUAAAUACCAUACCUGAAAAAUACAAAAGACUAAAAAAUGUUGCGUCAAAAAAAUCUGAGGACAUUGAAAAUGCAUCCGCUUUGAUAAUUCAAAAACAUUGGAAAAGGUAUUUGAAAAGAAGAGAAGACCAACAUAAUGUCGUACUUGAAAUAUUAGGAGUUAUAAAACCUAGUUUUAUUGAUAAAAAGACAAUAUUAAGAAUUAAAAGUAGGGAAAAGUUGGUGAGGAAAAUUCAAGAUGAAAGGCAAAAAGAUUAUGAGGAAGCCAUUGAAACAAUUAAAAAUAAAAUUGUAAGUUUUUAUUCGGAUGGAAUGGAAGAAGGUUUGGUUGAAGAAAUAAGAAAUUGGUUUCAUUGGUUUUUUCAAAAAACUAAUUUUUUACCUGAUUUCCCACCGGCAAAACCUAUAAUACCAACUGGUAAAGUUUUAGGCGUUCCAAAAGUUUUAGGACCGGAUUUUGCUGAAAAAGCUUUCCCUCAAGAAAAAAACAAAAUAACGGGAUACAUUCCCAAAACUCAAUUAGCUCUUAGUUUAGCCGGUUUAACGCCUAUAGGUGGUUCCGCAUUGGUAUCAGCCGGUCAUUGGUUAACCCCCCUCGAAUUUCUUAUUUGUCAAAAAGAGUUAGAAAAAAAAGGUAAAAAGGAUAAUAAGAAAAAGGAUAAAAAAAAAGAGGAAAAUAAAAAAGACAAAAAGGAAAAUUCAGGAGCGUUUGAAUUAAGCUUAAGCACUUUUGAACCUUUGUUGAAAAACGCAGACAGAGAUUACAGGAGUAUUUGGUUAGGUUUAAACGAAGACAAAAAUUACGAUCAGGGUUACGUUCAUAGUUUGAUAAAAGAAGACAAAUGUUGUGAGCUAUCGAUGGAAAUACGAAAAACUGUUGAUGAAUUUAUGAAAUUAGAAUUGGAAAUCCUUAAAGAUGCUCUUGAGAGAGAUAAAAAUCCGAAAAAAAGGAGAAGGAAAAAAAAAAAGAAACCCAAAGGAAAAGGUAAAAAAAAAAAGGAUAAAAAAGAAAAGCCGGAUCCGACAGGGGAUAGAACAUUGGAUGACUUGUUUAUGGAAUUGUAUAAAAAUGGUAUCAUACGAGACUACGAAGAAGUACAUUUGAAUGACUACAUUUCGGAAAGAUCUUUUGCUGCUUUUGAUUUACGUCAAAGACUUAUUGAUCAGCCUCCAUCUACUGGAGAUGUUAAAGAUCUCAUCUUACAACUUUGCAUUCUUCCGUUAGGCUCUGCAAGAAUUCAUCAACUUGGUCCCCUCAUUAAAUCCGUUUGCCUUUUGGGCCCGGAAAAAUCAGGUAAAGAAUUUUUAGCGAGAAUAAUUUGUACCGAAACAGCCGCGGUUAUGUUCGAUUUAUCGCCGGAAAAUGUGGCUGGUAAGUAUCCCGGUAAAGAAGGUUUGAAAAUGCUUUUGCAUUUAGUUGAAAAAAUGUCACGUGCUUUACAACCUAGCGUUAUAUUUAUAAAUGGAGCAGAAAAAACAUAUUACAAAAAAACACCUAAAACGGAAAGACACCUGGAUCCUAAACGUAUGGGUAAAAUCCUUAAAAAAAUAUUAAAAAGAAUCAAACCGAAAGAUCAAGUUCUUUUACUAGGAAUAAGUAGUCGACCGUGGCUAGCGAAUAAAAGAAAAUUAGUAAAAACCUAUCAAAAAUUAAUUUUGGUACCUCAAGUAGAUUACGGUACAUAUUUUAGAAUAUGGCAAACGUUGCUAUCCCCUUACGACAGCUUACCGAAAAAAUUUGACAUAUCUUGUUUGGCAAAAAUAUCUGCUGGAUACUCAACCGAAACCAUCAUGGAUACCGUGAAUAAUAUUUUUACAUUGAGCAGAAUCGGUUGCAGUUCUCAAGAACCGUACACGCACCAAGAAUUUUUAGAAGAACUUUUAAAAAAUUCAAAUAUCGAUCAAUCAGUUUCAUUAGCAAGUGCUUUUGCAUGUUCAUGA